UUCUUAAUCUAAGUGUUGUUAAAUUCUGAAGGAGUACAGUUAACGCAUUUGAACGCCACACGAUCGUAUGACUUGAAAUUCCGACUUUUUUCACCAGGCCAGGAACGCAGCAGAGUGACGUCACCGAUGGUGGAGGGAAGUUUGGUUUUGUCACUGUCGACUUCACGUUCUCUCUGCUAAUGCUAACGCUGUUGCGUAAACUGAGCGUAUUCUUCACGAGCUUGUGUUUUUAACAGUUCAGUUUAAAUAUCUAUCUUUAGUUUAAUGAGUGACACGAAGUCGUUAUCGCGCUGUUGGUUCAUAUCAGGCUUGUUAGCGUUAGCUAAGGAAGUAUCUGUCUUCGCUGUAACCGGAGUUAAACGAUGGAGAGUUCAAUGACCAGAGAAAAUCCGUUAUUUUUACCUCUCAACAGAGAAAAAACUGUCUACGAUGGGUUCGUCACAGUCCAGGAACAAGACUUCAGAUUGAGAUUACAGCUGCCACCAGAUCGACAACUCAAACGGGCAAAGCUGCACUGCAGCUGGCAGUUGAGACACCUGUUGCGUGGAUCUGAACAUAUAGUGAAGCAGAGGCUGCAGCAGUCGGCCGAUCUGGACAGUUUCUUACUGGAGCUGAAGACCGUCCUGGAAGUGGCUGUGAAGGGCCGCCCUGAGUGCACCUCUAUCCCGCCUCCCCAGUAUUACUCGCAGCUCAUCUCAGAGAUGGAGACCCUCGGCUGGAACAAACUGCUUUUCAUAGACACAGAGUUCCGAACACUAAGACUGGCUGCGCAGGACUCCACUGGAAGGCAGCAUACCCUCACUAUUAAACUCAAGUCUAAGCAUCCAGCAGAGGCUCCUGAAUGCACUGCUGACCUGCCACUACCUCUGCUCGUAACAUGGACGCCACAGACGACUCUGGAACAGCUCCACAAGCAGUUCCUUCUGGUCUUGGAUUCCUUGACCGAGUUCUGGGACGUCCUAGACGAGAUCGACGGCAACACCUGGAUCCUGGAGCCGGAGAAACCGAGCCGCUCCGACACCAUGAGGCGUAUCGUGAUCGGAAACAACGUGUCCAUCAAAGUGGACAUGGAUCCCCGACACCCGAAGAUGCUGCCGGAGUGCUGCCUGCUGGGAGCUGAGCACGGUGAGUACGACCUUAAAGACGCGCAAAA